UCGAGAUGUAAUCCGAUAGUUGACACGUCGGACAACGUCAACGAUUUACACAGUUAUAGUAUGUGUAAAUUAUCGUCAAUUUAAUAACUUUAACACUAUCGGUGAAAGGAUUGGUAUUAUUCUACGAUAAACGAUGCACGCAAAAGAUUUGUUUAAAGUUUCAUUUGCUACAAUGCUGAAGUAAAUUAAUUAAUUUUACAUAUUAGAAGAGGUUAGGCUAUCGUUAAGCUGUCGUGCGAUGUAAAUUUUGAAGGCAUAUUAAAUACCGAGUUUGUUUUGAGAUGCCAAAAUUCAAGAUGCUUCCGCGUACAUCGCGGAUCGUUGCACUUUGUUCCGCUGCGAAUUUUAUUAAUGCAGCGGAUCGAGUUAUCAUGCCGAUAGCAAUCGUUCCUAUGACCGAUGAAUUUAAAUGGAAUCUUCAUUGGCAGGGUUGGAUAUUAUCCGCUUUUGCAUUUGGUUAUUUUACUAGUCAGAUUAUUGGUGCAAGUAUAGCAAGUCGUUUUGGUUGUAAAACAGUACUAAUGUUGGCUGUUUUAUUAUGGUCUAUAAGUACCGUAGUAACACCACUCUUGGCACAAUCUAUUCCAUUGCUUAUCAUCUGCAGAGUUAUUCUUGGUUUAGGUGAAGGAUUAGGCUUGCCAGUGAUAUUUCAUUUAUUUGCGCAUAGUGUACCUAUAGAAGAAAGAUCAAGAGCGUUUGGUUAUCUCGUAGCUGCUGGUUCUGUUGGCCAAGUUGUUGCAUCUGUUAUUUGUCCUAAUUUGUCCUGGCAAAGUGGAUUUUAUUUAUUUGGUAUUAUUGGAAUUGUUUGGACUUUGUUGUGGCUAUUAUUAUAUCAAGAAAUUAAUUCUCAGGAUGAAAUUCCUCUCUUCGUACCAAAGGUGACACAAAAUAGAAACUUACGUUGGACUGAAUUUAUUACUCAUUGGCCUUUAUGGGCUUUGUAUAUAGCACAUUUUGCAAUGAAUUGGAGUAAUUAUAUAAUUAUGCAAUGGCUGCCUACUUAUUUGACAAGAAAUAUAUCUGCUAAUAAAGAAAGCAUAAGUUUAACGGCACUUCCAUAUAUUGUCAAUUCUCUUGUUGGUAUCGUUGCCGGACAUAGCGCUGAUAAUCUUAUACAGAAAAGAUGGUCUGUUUUAUCUGUAAGAAGACUGAUGACAAAUAUAGGUUUAAUAGGACCAGGAGCGUUUUUAUUGGCAUUUUGUGCAGUGGAUAAUUUACUUGCUGCAGUAAUUUUUAUUUCUAUAUCAAUGGGACUUUGCGCAUGCAAUUCUUCUGGACAUCUCAGCAAUCAUGCAGACAUAGCACCAAAUCAUGCAGGAAUUACUUUUGCUGUAUCAAAUACUAUCGCCACUAUACCUGGUAUUCUUUGUGGUCCAUUAACGGCUGAAUUAGUAACUGCUUCUCAUGGUCGAUGGAUGCCAGUGUUUGUAUUGGCUGCAGCAAUUAAUUUCACAGGUGCUAUAAUAUACCAAAGUCAUAGCUCAGCACUUCCAGUAUUGUGAUAUGAUCAAUUACAGGAAAAAUUAUCGAUUGUUCCGUGAAAAAAGGUAGCUUGUGAUGUUUAUUUGGAUGUAUAUAUUUGUAUUGAGGAGAUUAUGGUAUAUAAAAAUUAUAUACACAA